AUGUCUACUGCGAGAACCGAGGCAGCGAUCGCUGCUUUGAAGAAUAAGAUUGAAAAAACCAAAAAAGCGAUCGAACUGAGAAAAUCUUUCCUUGAGACUUUAAAAAAGGAGCACGAUGAUGCCAAGCUUCGAGUUACCAAAGCAAUCAAAGAUAAAAAGAGGAUCUUGAAGCACCAUGCGACUCGAUUGAGAGGAAUGAUCUUUCAAAUCUAA